AUGACUAGCUCUGUGGCCUCCUAUGAACAACUGGUGCGGCAGGUGGAGGCCUUGAAGGCUGAAAACAGCCACCUGCGGCAAGAGCUACAGGACAACUCGAACCACCUGUCCAAGCUGGAGACGGAGACGUCGGGCAUGAAGGAGGUCCUGCAGCAGCUACAGUGCAAGUUGGAGCUGGAGGCCCGAGUGCUGGUGUCCUCCGGGCAGACAGAGGUGCUGGAGCAGCUGAAAGCCCUGCAGAUGGACAUCUCCAGCUUGUACAACCUCAAGUUCCAGCCACCAGCCCUGGGCCCUGAGCCCCUCAACCGGAGCCCUGAGGGAAGCCCCUUCCACGGCUCUGGGACCUCCAAGGAUGGUGUCGGGGAGCCAAGCCGGGCUGCCAUCCGUCUGCUGGAGGAACUGGACCAGGAACGGUGCUUUCUGUUGAAUGAGAUUGAGAAGGAGGAAAAGGAGAAGCUGUGGUUUUACUCCCAGCUGCAGGGCCUGUCUAAACGCCUGGACGAGCUGCCACAUGUGGAGACGUUCUCCAUGCAGAUGGAUUUGAUCCGGCAACAGCUGGAGUUCGAGGCUCAGCACAUCCGCUCGCUGAUGGAGGAGCGCUUUGGCACUUCAGAUGAGAUGGUGCAGCGAGCACAGAUCCGCGCCUCACGCCUGGAGGAAAUAGACAAGGAGCUGCUGGAGGCACAAGAUCGGGUGCAGCAGACAGAGCCCCAGGCGCUGCUAGCAGUGAAGUCGGUACCGGUGGACGAGGACCGUGAGAAAGAGGUCCCCACGCACCCUGACGAUGGUGGUACUCAGCCAGGCAACAGCAAGGUGGAGGUAGUCUUUUGGCUGCUGUCCAUGCUGGCGACGCGUGACCAGGAGGACACAGCGCGGACCCUGCUCGCCAUGUCCAGCUCUCCUGAGAGCUGCGUGGCCAUGCGUCGCUCAGGCUGCCUGCCGCUGCUCCUGCAGAUUCUGCACGGUGCUGAAGCCGGGCAGGGGUCUGGAGGCGGUGUGGGGACCCCCGGGGCACCUGGCGCCAAGGAUGCACGCAUGCGCGCCAAUGCUGCGCUGCACAAUAUCGUCUUCUCGCAGCCGGACCAGGGUCUGGCCCGCAAAGAGAUGCGCGUGCUGCACGUGCUGGAGCAGGUCCGGGCCUAUUGCGAGACCUGUUGGGACUGCCUGCGGGCAUGUGACAGCGCCCCGGAUGCAGGUGACGCUCCUGUCCCCAUUGAGCCGCAGAUCUGCCAGGCCACCUGUGCCAUCAUGAAGCUGUCCUUUGAUGAGGAGUAUCGCAGAGCCAUGAAUGAGCUGGGUGGGCUUCAGGCCGUGGCUGAACUCCUGCAGGUGGACUUCGAGAUGCACAAGAUGACCCGUGACCCCCUUAACCUUGCUCUACGCCGCUAUGCUGGCAUGACCCUCACCAACCUCACCUUUGGGGACGUUGCCAACAAGACCACCUUGUGUGCACGCAGGGGCUGCAUGGAAGCCAUUGUGGCCCAACUGAGCUCAGAGAGUGAGGAACUCCACCAGGUGGUGUCCAGCAUCCUUCGAAACCUGUCCUGGCGUGCCGAUACCAACAGCAAGAAAGUGUUGAGGGAGGUCGGCAGCAUGACAGCUCUGAUGCAGUGUGUCCUUCGGGCCUCCAAGGAGUCCACCCUGAAGAGCGUGCUUAGUGCCCUGUGGAACCUCUCGGCACACAGCACAGAGAACAAGGCAGCCAUCUGCCAGGUGGACGGCGCCCUGGGCUUCUUGGUCAGCACGCUCACCUACAAGUGUCAGAGCAACUCGCUGGCCAUCAUCGAGAGCGGGGGCGGCAUCUUGCGUAAUGUGUCCAGCCUCAUCGCCACCCGGGAGGACUACAGGCAGGUACUUCGAGACCACAACUGUCUGCAGACAUUGCUGCAACACCUGACGUCACACAGUCUUACCAUCGUCAGCAAUGCGUGUGGCACACUCUGGAAUCUGUCCGCGCGCAGCCCGCGAGACCAGGAGCUGCUCUGGGACCUGGGUGCAGUAGGCAUGCUGCGUAACCUGGUGCACUCCAAGCACAAGAUGAUCGCCAUGGGGAGUACCGCCGCCCUGCGCAACCUGCUGGCCCACCGACCGGCCAAAUACCAGGCGACGGCCACUGCUGUAUCUCCCGGCACUUGCGUGCCCAGCCUGUACGUGCGCAAGCAGCGGGCGCUAGAGGCUGAACUGGACGCCCGGCACUUGGUUCAGGCGCUAGACCACCUGGACAAGAAGGGUCUGCCCACUCCCGCUCCCACUCCCAAGAAGCCACUGGCACCCCUGCGGCACCUGGAUGGACUGGCCCAGGACUACGCCUCUGACUCCGGCUGCUUCGACGACGAUGACGCACCCUCUCUGGCCGCUGGAGCCAGCGCCACCAUGGAGGCCCCCAGCCCGGCUAUGCUGUCCCUUUUCCUGGGUGGUCCCUUUCUUCAGGGCCAGGCGCUGGCCCGUACCCCGUCCAACCGCCGAGGCCCAGAGCCAGAGAAGGAAAUGGCCGGCGGGGAAUCGGCCAUAGCGGCUAAGGCCAGAUUGGCCCUUGCAGUAGCGCGCAUCGACCGAUUGGUGGAAGACAUCUCCGCCCUGCACACCUCUUCUGAUGACAGCUUCAGCCUCAGUUCAGCAGGGGAACCCGGACAGGAGGCGCCGCUGCCGCCGCGUGAAGGCCGUGCCCAGUCCUGCUCUCCCAACCGAGGACCCGAGGGGACGCGACGCGAGGCGGGCAGCCGGGCCCACCCGCUGCUGCGACUCAGAGCCGCGCACGCCAGUCUGUCCAACGACAGCCUCAACAGCGGCAGUACCAGCGAUGGCUACUGCCCGCGGGAACACAUGAGGCCCUGCCCGUUGGCCGCACUGGCCGAGCACCGCGAAGACGCCCCGUGUGGGCCUCCACGACCCGGCCGGCUGGACCUGGAUCAUCCGGGCGCCCGGGUCGAGACUGCAGCCCGUGAGCCUGCCGACGCCCGAGUGCGCACCAUCAAGUUGUCGCCCACCUAUCAGCAUGUGCCGCUGCUGGAGGGCAUGGCCAAGGCGGGGGCCGUUCCUGCUGCCCGCACCCAGGCCUGGCUGUCGGCCGAGGACCCGACGACCUCGGAGACCCUCCCUACGCUCGCGGCGGGGGACACAGCAGCUCUCUGCCUGUCUCGCUGCAGCUCCCUAUCCUCGCUGUCCUCCGCUGGGCGUCCGGGCCCCAGCGAGGGUGGAGAUUUGGACGACAGCGACUCAUCCUUGGAGGUGCUGGAGGAGGCCGAUCCUGGAGAGGUGGCACCGGGCGUGGGUUGGCGGGCGCCUGGGGCGUCACUGCCCGUAGCCAUCCCCGCGCCACGGCGGGGCCGAGGCCGAGGCCUGGGCGCCGAGGAUGCCACGCCGUCGAGUUCAUCAGAGAACUACGUGCAGGAGACGCCCCUGGUGCUGAGCCGCUGCAGCUCCGUGAGCUCUCUGGGCAGCUUUGAGAGCCCAUCCAUUGCCAGUUCGGUGGCCAGUGAGCCCUGCAGUGGGCUGGGCAGCGGCACAGUUAGCCCCAGCGAGCUUCCUGACAGCCCCGGGCAAACCAUGCCACCCAGCCGCAGCAAGACGCCCCCGGCCACAGGACCGGGCCCAGGAGAGCGCGGCGGGGGUGCCAGUCAGUUCUGCCUUCAGUGGGAGAGCUACGUGAAGCGCUUCCUGGACAUCGCCGAUUGCCGUGAACGCUGCCGCUUGCCGUCCGAGCUGGACGCCGGCAGCGUGCGCUUCACAGUGGAGAAGCCGGAUGAGAAUUUUUCUUGUGCUUCGAGCUUGAGCGCGCUGCCCCUGCACGAGCACUACGUGCAGCAGGACGUGGAGCUGCGCCUGCUUCCACCCGUGCGGCCCGAACGCGGAGGCUUCGCUGGGCACCGCCGACCGGAAGAGGUGGGCGCUCGGCUGGAAGGGCCUGCGCCCGCGGCCCCCCGGGCCUGCACACCCGCCUCAGUCCCCGCAGACUCAGAACUGGAACUGCUGCGGGCAUGCCUGGGUGCUGCUGUGCCUGCCCGAGUGCGCAAGGUGGCCUCUGCGUUGGUGCCUGGACGCCACCGGGCCCUGCCCGUGCCUGUGUACAUGUUGGUGCCUGCCCCGGCCCGCGAGGAUGACUCGGGAAGUGACUCGGCCGAGGGUACGCCUGUCAACUUCUCCAGUGCCGCCUCUCUCAGCGAUGAGACGCUGCAGGGACCCUCCCGGGAAAGGCCAGACAGACACACGUUGGCUGGACGCUCCACCUCUUCCAGGCAGGCCUCAGGGCAGUGGCACAGAGCCAGCGGUGUGGGCCGGAGUACGGAGCAAACUGGAGGGAAGAACAGGAGCCGAGCGGCUCUGGAGCUGCCCUUAGGCCGACCCCCCAGUGCCCGCUCAAACCGUAACGGGCAGGACCGGGCGCACGGGGACGGGGCGCUGCAGUCGUUGUGUCUGACCACACCCACCGAGGAGGCCGUGUACUGCUUCUACAAUGACUCUGAUGAUGACGAGCCAGCUGCCACGGCUGAACCCCCUCGACGGGGGUCUGCAAUUCCCCGGGCCGUGAAGAGGGAGCGCCCCAAGGCCACACCCAAGGCCGCACCUCCUGCCCUGCCUCCCACCAGGGCGCACCCCAGCCUCAUUGCCGAUGAGACGCCACCUUGCUACUCGCUCAGUUCCUCGGUGAGUUCUCUUAGCGAGCCCGAGCCAGAGCAGACAGCGGGCCGCCCCCGGGCUUCAGGGGUCAGCAAGGGCUCAGAUGCGGCUGCUGGCCGUGGCCGCGGUUCGCCCAGCCAACGGGAUGAGCAGGAAGUGCUCCGGAGCUGCAUCGGCUCCGCAAUGCCCAGGCGCCGACCUCCUGCACCCGGGUCCCGACGUCGGAAGCCCGGAGUAGUGCGGCCAGCAGCCGAGGUGGCCCCGGAGCGUGGCGAGGAGGCAGCGGGGUCCGACCGUGGCGCCUCAGAUCUGGACAGCGUCGAGUGGCGAGCAAUACAGGAGGGCGCCAAUUCCAUCGUCACUUGGUUGCAUCAAGCAGCAGCUGCGGCAGCCACCCGCGAAGCUGAGUCUGACUCGGUCCAGUCCCAUGCAGCAGCACCCGUUGCGCACAGGAAGGGGCGGCGGCCACGCGGGGAGGGCCAGGCCAGCAGCGUGGGGCGGCCAGAGAGACGGGCUGUGGCUGACCGCGGUGGCACCGAGCAGCCACGCAGCGCUCAGAAAGCCACGUCUGACGUGCCUGCCGUGCUACGGGGACGGACGGUUAUCUACAUGCCCAGCUCUGCCUCCCGGGGACAGCUCAGAGGUGGGCCCGGGCCCCGCGCCACCCCACGCAAGCCAGGGCCGCCAAGUCCCGCUCAGCCGGCCGCCCCCGCCCCGCUCCCCGCCCCUGGACCCUCGCGCUCUCGCAGCCUGCACCGGCCCGGCAAAAUAUCAGAGCUGGCACCGCGCAGUCCUCCACAGAGGAGUGCCACGCCGCCAGCACGCCUGGCCAAGACGCCCUCGCCUAGUUCCUCGCAGAGCUCCACCGCUGCCCCUCCAACAUCCAAGAAGAGCCCCCCGAGUCCCCCGCCUGGGCCCUUGCCCGGGCCUGGGGCCUCCUCGCCAGGGCCUAAGACGCCCGCGCGUGCGCUACUGGCCAAAGCGCACAAGACUCAGAAGUCACCAGUGCGCAUCCCAUUCAUGCAGAAGCCUGUGCGCCGUGCUCCCCCACCAAUCGCCAGGAUGGCGCGGGAGCCAGGACCCCGAGGCCGCGUGGGUGCUGAGGGGGGCGCAAGUGCACGCGGAGGCCGCCUGGGCCUGGUGCGCGUGGGCUCAGCGCGCUCCAGCUGUAGUGAGUCCUCCGAACGCUCGGGCUUCCGGCGGCAGCUGACCUUCAUCAAGGAGUCACCAGGCCUGGCGCGCCGCCGCCGUGCAGACUUAGCCCCGGCCGACGCUCCCGGGACCCCGCCGGCUAGCUCGCCCCGCCGCGGCCGCCCUGCGCUGCCCGCCGUUUUUCUCUGCUCCUCACGCUGUGAUGAACUCCGCGCAACCCCCCGGGCGACCACGACACGCACCCCCGAUGGCCGCCCGGGGCCCGGACCCGCAGCGCGACCGCCUCGGCGCACCAGUUCCGAGAGCCCGAACCGCCUGCCGGUGCGUCUGCCGGCGCCCCGGCCCGAGGCCGUUAGGCGCUACUCGUCGCUCCCGCACAUCAGCGUGGCCCGUGGACCAGAUGCCACGGGCCCAUUGCCCAUGGCUGACACUGUCCGCCGCGGCAGCGACGGCGAAGCACACGUCCUUCCCAGGGUGUCUUCUCCGGGCACCACGUGGCGGCGCAUACGCGACGAGGAUGUACCGCAUAUCCUGCGCAGCACGCUGCCCGCCUCCGCCCUGCCGCUGGUGGAUGCAGCCGUGCCUGAGGGGACCCUAGGUGGGACCCAGGCAAUGCGCAAGACCAGCGAUGCUGUUGUUCAGACCGAGGACUUUGCGACCACUAAGACCAAUUCCAGUACCUCCCCAAGCCUGGAGAGCCGGGACCCUCCCCAGAGCCCGGCCGGUGGCCCUGGACCUCUCGGCAGUGAUGUGGAUGGGCCCAGCCCACCCAAGGCGUCCCCUGCUACCCCCUUCACCCACGAGGGCCUGAGCGUCCCCGCAGGGGGCUUCCCCGCCAGCCGCCACGGCUCGCCCAGCCGCUCAGCCAGGGUACCCCCUUUUAACUACGUGCCCAGCCCUAUGGUGGCAGCGGCCACCCCAGACUCGGCCGUGGAAAAGGGCCCCGCUACUGCCCCCGUGGGCCUCCUAGAAUAG